AUGUCUCGCAAGCUUGACCUGUCCGCUUUUGCGGGCGACGAUGAGGAAGAGGACGAGGCGGCCGUCUUCUUACCAAAGCUCAAGACAAAGACCUUCUCUCAUGGUAUUACCAAGAAGUCCAAGAAGGACCUCGAAAGGGAGGCAGAGGAGCGGAAGCGGAAAGAAGAAGAAGAGGCACUAGCCAAGCUGAAUGCUGAGCUGGAGACAUUCGAGUCGGCCCCGUCUGGUGGGAUGCGGGGCUUCGGACCUGGGAUGAGCCGGGGGAAGCCACAAGGGAGCGGGUUUGUGAGGGCUGGAGGGGCGGCAUACCAAGCUGUCAGACCACCUGUUCCGCCCUCGGGUCCAUCCAAUAUGCCACCCCAAGGACCGGCCGCAAUGAUGGGCUAUAGGCCUUAUCAAGCAAGAGCAGCUCAUCCGCCUGCUCCAGCCGCCCCCGUCGCUGCGCCAAAACCGAAAGGCAAGCGCGCAAUGGACAGCUUCCUGAACGAGAUCAAGAGUAAUCAGGAAGCACGAGAAUCCCGCUUGGGUCAGAUCGCAAAAAUGGAAGGGUCAUCGGUGACCGCUCUUGCAGCAUGGGAAAGCAAUCCGGCGGGAAAACCCGCGGCCGCGCCCCAGAUCGAGUCUACCAACCUCUACAUCACGAGUCUACCGACGAAUGUGAAUGAAGAGAGCCUUGGGAUGUUCUUUGUCAAGUAUGGUCCGAUAGGGACCGUCAAAAUCAUGUGGCCUCGAGGAGAGGCCGAAUGGGCUGUAGCCCAGAGAGGCCGAGGCUCGUUGACUGGCUUUGUCAAUUUCAUGAAUCGCGAUGACGCCGCGGUGGCGCUGAACGAGAUGGACGGGAUAGAAUGGGGCGGUAGUCAGAUCAGGGUAGCCUGGGGGAAACAAAUGCCCCUGCCUGCUGAGCCUAUCUAUGACGUCGGCGCUGGAUCAAGCAAAAAGAAGCGACGAUCAGCCUCGCCAGGUCCGAGUCGGCAUCGCGAGUCAAGAAACAGACGGGAUUCGCGUUCCGGCUCAGACGGCUCGGCUUCGCCCCCACCGCGUAGUGCCCAGCCCAAGCGAGAGCGGUCAUACUCUGCCUCCAGCUCCAGAUCGCGGUCGCCAUCCUCUUCGCGGUCACCCUCGCCACCUCGGGGGUCCAAUCACAAGAUUGCCUGGCUGGAUCAGAUCAGUGCAGAGUCGGACAGCUUUGUCAGGGCUGUGGCGAAUCGGGUGAAGACGAACGGGAAGGCAUUUGAGGAGCUCUUACGGGAGAAGGAGAAAGGGAACCCCAAAUUUGCGUUUUUGUUUAAGGAAGAAUUACCCGAAUACCACCUCUUCAAAUACACCGUCAACCCUCGCUAUCGCUUCCCACCACUCCCUACCUCCCAUUUCGACGACACGGGCUACGCUUCCCUCUACUCGUCCGACUCUGCUGAAGACUCGGAGAAGGAACGUACGGAAAAGGGCAAGCUGGGCCGACUCGCCAGGAAACGGCUCGAGGCGAUGUUGCGGGCGAUGUCGGGCACGCGGGUGGAGAUUGCGCGGGCGAUGGAGUUUGCGUUGAAGCGCGCAGAGGCGGCGGAUGAGAUUGCAGAGGUGAUUAUAAGGAGUUUGAUGGUAGAUGGGACGCCCGUCCCGAGGAAGCUGGCGAGAUUGCAUCUGGUUUCGGAUAUACUGCAUAACUCGGCCUCCCCACUGCCGAAUGUCUGGCGAUAUCGACUUGCGUUCGAGAAGCGCCUUCCGCCGGUCUUUGCGCAUCUGUCGACGGUGUAUCAGAGCUUGCUGGCGUACUCGGGACAGAUGAGUGCGGACGUCUUCAAGGCGCAAGUCAUGGUUGUACUGGAUAUCUGGGAGGCUUGGAUUGUGUACACACAAGAAACAAGUCAAACACUUCGUCAGCUGUUCAUGGGCGAGACAACACUGGACGAGCUUGAAGCUGCCAAGCAUGCUAAAUUGGCUGCACCAUCCGAAGCGAAGACGAAGCUGGACAAGACGGAUGAGGAGCUGGGCAAAACCAAGGGAUUCAAGUCCUCAGGCUUCAAGUCAUCCUUCAAGCGGGUCAAGGCGCCGGAGGAGGAAGCUGAGGAUAUCCUGCGAGAGGCAUUAGGCGGAGCUGGCGAUCCUGCGGAAGAUCUGGAUGGGGAGGAGAUGGAUCUCGAUGGAGAAGAGAUGGACCUGGAUGGGGAAGAGAUGAACUUGGACGGCGAGCCAAUGGGUGACGACGACCUCGACGGAGAGCCCAUGUAG